UCCUCCCUGGAGAAGCCCCGCCCUCUCCGACCGGCCCUCAAAAGUCAACUGUUGGGCGCUAAGCUGAGCAUUCAGAGCGGCCUCCCAGGAAAGGAGUUUCUGUGAGCUUCUGUACAUCACGAUGGUGCGGGCCAAGAGCUGGACCCUAAAGAAGCACUUUGAAGGCUUCCCCACUGACAGUAACUUCGAGCUGAAGACAACUGAGCUCCCACCCUUAAACAAUGGAGAGGUCCUGCUGGAAGCCCUGUUCCUCUCUGUGGAUCCUUACAUGAGAAUUGCAUCAAAAAGGCUGAAGGAGGGUGACAAGAUGAUGGGAGAGCAAGUGGCCAGAGUUGUGGAAAGCAAAAACCCAGCCUUUCCCACGGGAACCGUUGUGGUGGCUUUAUUAGGCUGGACAUCACACUCCAUUUCUGAUGGAAAUGGACUGAGAAAACUGCCUGCAGAGUGGCCAGACAAAUUACCACUGUCUUUGGCUUUGGGGACAGUUGGCAUGCCAGGCCUCACUGCCUACUUUGGCCUGCUUGAGAUCUGUGGCGUGAAGGGUGGAGAGACAGUGAUGGUCAACGCAGCAGCAGGAGCAGUGGGCUCAGUAGUGGGGCAGAUAGCCAAGCUCAAGGGCUGCAAAGUUGUUGGUGCCGCAGGUUCUGAUGAAAAGGUUAACUAUCUUAAGAAGCUCGGAUUCGAUGUUGCCUUUAACUACAAGACAGUAAAGUCUUUGGAAGAAGCGUUGAGAACGGCCUCUCCCGAUGGUUAUGAUUGCUAUUUUGACAAUGUAGGCGGAGAGUUUUCAAACACUGUUAUACCCCAGAUGAAGACGUUUGGGAGAAUUGCCAUCUGUGGGGCCAUCUCUCAGUACAACCUCACUGGUCCACGUUCACAAGGCCCACCCCCCGAGGCUGUGAUUUAUCAGCAACUCCGCAUGGAGGGGUUCCUCGUUACCCGCUGGCAGGGAGACGUCCGCCAGAAGGCUCUGAUAGACUUGAUGAAUUGGGUCUCAGAGGGUAAAAUCCAGUAUCACGAAUACAUCCACGAAGGAUUUGAGAAGAUGCCAGCAACGUUCAUGGGAAUGUUGAAAGGAGAAAAUUUGGGGAAGGCAAUAGUGAAAGCAUGAAAAAAAUGACAUAAGCAUUAUCACUGGAGGAUUAGAUUUGUUUUUAAUCAUUUGGUACAAAUGCACACUGCCUUAUGUAAGAAAUAACUGCAAGAAAUUUGACCUAUCUAAUAAAAUACCUGUGUGAUUUGUUAAAAAUCUGUGAUAGAGAAUGAAAAUCUCCUGACAAACAAGAAGGCAUGUUUCUGCCUAGUUCUGCCCCUCCUAGGUGACUGUAAGAAAUAAUGGCUUUGGUGUCUGUUCUAAUUUUCUUUUCUAUUGCUGCAACGAAAGCAAUUUAGUUCAGGAAAAGGUUUACUCGGCUUAUGCUUUCUGGUUACUGAAAUUAGGGGAGGAAGCUGUAGGUAGGCCUGCUUUGUAUUCUGUAAGCUUUGUCUCUAACCAGGGAACUCACAGCCAGGGACACUUGCUAGCUAGCUCAUGCAGGCUGGUGCUCAGCUGACUAUCUUGUACAGUCCACCACCCACUGCCUAGGAGAUGGUACCUCCCACAGUGGGCUUAGCCUCCUACAUCAGUGAGUAAUAAAGAGGCUUCCACAGACCUGUCCACAGGCCAGUUUGAUUGAAGCAGUUGUCAAGAUCAACGUUCAAGCUAACUGGAGCAGUGUCCAAAAGCUUAAAGUGACCUAACUACAUGCAGAAAUAUUUGAUGGCGUAAGAUUUCUACCCCACUUGCGUAUAAUACUCGAUACUUAUGAUACUAGAAGAAAAACAAAACCAGAACACACUGCUAAUAUCUGGAGGUCUCAGUGCCAGCCUACACUGGUGUGCUGUGUAGUGAGGCUAAUGCCACUUACCAUACCAAGGAAGGAAUCUGUCAUUCAAAACAGCUGGAACUGAGUGUUAGAGCAAGAGACAAACCUUAUAUUGUAUACUGGUGUUAUUUGAAUCCUGAACAUUCUGGAAAAAUUUGUUGACAAAUAAAAUUAAAACCUGGAA